CCCGAAAGAUUACUCCACUAACAAAAUGCUCGGCAACAAGAAAUCAAAAUUACUGCAAACCCUCGAGCAGUCCGUGCCGCCCGUCGACCGCGAGGAUGCCAUACGCCUGAUCGCCGAGGGGAUCCGCAAGCCCGCGACCCUCGACCCCAUCGACUUGGUAGACUCCCAGAAGGAGUAUCUGCGGGUCCUGCACAUGGACCAUGCCCUCAGGCUCCAGCAGACCAUGGAGCGGCACUACAAUGUCUCGCCCUCGGCGGAAGACCUGGAUCAGGUGAUGCCCGUCAAGGACCAGGAGCUGGAGGACAUACUGGAUGCCCUCUCAGAUUUGGCAUCCAAGGAGGAGUACGACGAGGAAGAGGAAGACGACGACGACGACGAGGACGAGGGCGAGGGCGAUCAAUACGAUGGGGACGAUGAGGACGAAGAGUCUCCAGGCGAUGAAGACGACAGGAAUACGGUUUUUGAUUUGAACAAGAUCGUCUUGUAGAGGGUAACCAGUAGUCGGCCUUUAGCUCUCGGCACGAAACAACCUAGAAAAUUGUAAAGUUUUAACCAAAUUUCCAUACAGAAGAGCCCCAAUAAAACAAGCCUGUUGUAGGGAUUCUCGUAUGCUGCUU